ACUAUCUAUCACAGAAUAGAUGGUGAGUAGCGUAGCCGAUCAGAGGAGGGCAUUCGUGAUAAUACGCUAGUAGAUUUACUUAUACUAAAACCUCGAAGAAAGCGUUGAAAUAAUAGAAGAGGUGAGUUUAAAGGGCAGGAAAGAUAUCAAAUAUCUGACAGUACGUUAUCUUUGGACCGCAAACAUUUCAUAAAAAAACUUACCUUAAUCUCUAAGAAGCUUAUUGAUAAAAGAGAUGCUGAAUAUCACGCAGUAGAAAUAUUGUGCAACUCAACUAGAAAUCUAGCCUUUUCCAAGGGUUCAGUCAGAGUUGGAGCGCAGCGCGAAACGUAUUGCGCCCCAACUAACUGAACGCCUGGAGGAGGCUACUAGAAAUCGGACUAUAAAAUCUGUAUAUUACGUAUUUAAAAUUGUCAAGCCGGCUGACAAUAUAUCUAUGAAUUUCUUUCUGAGCGUUUUGGCCGUGACUGAACGAGGCUACCUGACAUUAGUGUGAAUAACUGAAUGCUUGAAACAUUUGAAACACAGGUAAUAGCGGUGCCGCGUUACGGAAUAGCCUUCCAACUGAUAUUAGAGUAUCCAAAACAUUAGGUGAAUUUAAGACGAAGCUAAGUAACUUCAGUUUUGUGUGAAUCAGCGACACGGCGUCCCUGUAAAGCAGUACUUUUGUUUUUAUUUAUUUCUUUUAAAAAUAGUUAGUUAGCUCAGUUUGUUUAGAUUAGGUCAGUUUGUUUAGAUUAGGCUUUUAUUCUUUGUAAUUACUUUUAUAAUGAUUAUUUUGUUUAAUUUUUACAUUUGUAGAUAUUUUUGCUUGUAUACAACUGAGUGGAACUUACCGUGUAUAAAUUAAGUGAUCUAUCUAUCAGGUAAAGCCUUCCAACUUACUUUACUUCCGGGUUUACUGAAAAAAAGAAAAAAAAACCUUGGAGAAAAUCCUUUUCCUCAAGGCUUUACUGCUUUUAACUGUACACGUAAAUCUUCGAAACUAAAUUGUGUUUAAAUAAACAGAAGAAGCGAAUUGCAUAACAAUUAGUGAAAAAAUUUGGUUCUGCGACAAGAGAAUUUCCUAGAACUAGAGGUUAGGCAGCUGAAAAUGCUGCUGAAAAUGCUGCUUUUAUAGUGAUGGCGUGACCCAAUGACAGUCACGCAAACUUCCCAGGUCUUGGCCGAAAUGUAACCCGGGAUAACUUCGUUUCAAGAUGGCGGCGAAUUUGAAGUUACGAAGUCAGGAAACAAGUCGAAGACGUUUCAGCCAUGAUGCUAGCUGCAGUCACUGUAACAUACCUUUUCCUGACUUACCAACAAGUAUGAGAUAUGGAGUUAUUGCUUUCACGUCGAUAGCGUGUUAUCUGAAUACCCUGGAGUACGAUUUAGUUCACGAUGAUGUGUUUGCGAUCAAGGAUAACACGGACAUACGAUCAGAGAACCCACUGUUUAAUAUACUGUCUAAUGACUUCUGGGGCAGGCCAAUGUCGAGCAACAGAAGUCACAAGUCUUACAGACCGCUCUGCACACUAACCUUUCGAAUGAACUACGCGAUUCACGGGUUAAAUCCAUUUGGAUAUCAUGCAGUGAAUGUUGUUUUGCAUGGAGUGGUUUGCUUGCUGUACAUGUUUAUGUGCGAGACGGUCGCCUUCAAAUCAAAUGUGCUUGCAUUUCUCGCAGGACUUUUAUUUGCUUCACAUCCUGUCCACACAGAAGCUGUGACAGGAGUUGUAGGACGUGCUGAUGUAGUAGCAUGCUUUCUGUUCCUACUUUCUUUCCUGGCAUUUGUGAGGUCAACAGGAAACAAAGGCUGUACGUUUUUUCUGUACACAGUACUUUCUGUGAUCUUCGGCUCCAUGGCAAUGCUUGUUAAAGAGCAUGGCAUUACCGUCUUUGGUGUUUGUAUUGUCUAUGAUUGUUUAGUUAUCAACAAGAGGUUUCUUUGGAGGUUCAUAAAGGAAAGGAAAUUGCAUGAUGUCGAAUUUUUUAAGCCCCUUUUGAUCAGACUAGUUGUUUUUACUAUAUCAGUUCUCCUGCUGAUGGUCUUCAGAGUGUGGAUGCUUGGUGGUAAUCUUCCUUAUUUCACAGCCCAGGAUAAUCCUGCUUCAUUCUCAGACUCACUCGCUACUCGCAUCAUGACAUAUUGGUAUCUACUUGUCUUCAACUCCUGGCUUCUGCUAUCGCCAAGUGUGUUGAGCUAUGAUUGGCAGAUGGGUAGUAUACCUCUAGUGGAGUCUCUGCUGGAUUACCGCAACUUAGCAACAGCAAUGUUUGUCAUAGUGGCAGCACUGCUGGCUUACACUGCUUUGUUAUCCAACAAAAUAAAUCCCAAUGAACAGGAUGUUCUUGUGUUAUCCCUGGCUUUGCUGUGUAUUCCUUUCCUCCCGGCUUCCAACUUGUUUUUCAGAGUCGGAUUCGUUGUUGCCGAAAGAAUUCUGUACAUACCAAGUAUGGGAUUCUGUAUGCUUGUUGUUUGUGGACUCAACAAACUGGCUUCAGUUGUGCGAUAUAACAGAAAAGCAUUGAACAAAGACACAAGUGGACAAAGUGACAACAGAAUUGGAACAAAAGGAUCUUUCAAGUCCUCAUCCAUUGUGACUUCAUAUAUGCUGCACAAGGUUUUACUGUCAGGCAUUUUCGUACUGAUAGGACUAUUUUGCUGGAAAGACGUGGUUCGAAACCGCGUGUGGAGCAGCAGAGAGACAUUAUUCAGAUCUGGGGUUGAAACUCUUCCUCACAAUGCAAAAGCACAUUAUAACUAUGCCAAUUUUCUGAAAGACGUUGGAAGGGACGAGGAGGCUAUACUUCACUAUGAGACUGCUCUAAGGUUGGCUCCAAAUCACGUCAGUGCUCAUAACAACCUUGGUACUCUUUUGGAAAACAAUGAGGUACACACCCUUGUCUCCGGACUGCACACAUAUUUGUUGUCAACAUAACUUUCUAACUAUGCCAAUUUUCUGAAAGACGUUGGAAGGGACGAGGAGGCUAUACUUCACUAUGAGACUGCUCUGAGGUUGGCUCCAAAUCACGUCAGUGCUCAUAACAACCUUGGUACUCUUUUGGAAAACAAUGAGGAAGCUAUGAAGCACUUCUAUCAAGCCAUAAAGUAUGACCCUUAUCACGCAAACUCGUAUUUCAAUCUUGGAACACGCUUGGCGUCCUUAAAACGCUUAUCAGAGGCUGAAGCAAUGUUGAAAGAAGCAAUCAGGUUAAAUCCAAAUUAUCUGGAUGCCGUGAUGAAUACUGCUGGUGUGCUCAGCGAACAACAGAAGUACGUUGAAGCUGAAGAGUUUUACAAAAGAGCGCUUACAUUAGAACCUAGAAACGGAGAUGCCUACAACAAUUAUGCAGUAUUCCUUGGCAAAAUGGGUGAGUAAGAAAGAGGUGUUACUGUUUUAGGUAUUGUUCUAACACAUACAGAU